AUGGAGCUACUGCUCGAGCAGCUGGAGCUCUUCGCUGAAGUGGUGGCGGUGUCCCGUUCCCGCCAUGUGGACAGCUGGGGGCGCGUGGCCGUGCGGCGCGCGCUGCGCUGGGCCCGCUACCUGCGCCACGUGCACGGGCGCUUCCGCCACCGCGGCCCCAUUAGGGCAGUGCUGGAGGAGGGGCUGCGCCGCCUACGGCUGCGGUCUCAGGCGGGUGGCGGGGAUGCGGCCCACGCUGGGCCCUGCCAGGAGCUGGUACCAGGGCCCUUGCGGAGCUUCGCUGGCCUGGGGCGCGGGGACGAACUGCUGGCCCUGGGGCUGCUGGAGAACGCCGCGCUGCGAGGCCCUGCGCUGCAUGAGCUGCUCCGGCACCUGCGGCCUGAGCGCGUGGAGCCCGCGCCUGAGGCCGGUGAUGAGGACGAGGCAGGGCUGCAAGAUCGCCUGGCUGGCUUGGCCCGCCGCAGGGCUGCCUCCCAGCUGCUUUUACUGCUCAGCCCAGGGCCUGCCCAGGCUGACCCCGCGCUGCGGAGCACCGAGGCCCAGCUACUGCUGCGGAGGCUUCAUGAUGAGGCGGAGGCAGAUCCAGGGGCCGCGGCCCAGCUCCUGGAUCGUCUGUGGGCCCAACUGCCCCGGCCCCGUUGGCUGAAUGUGCUGGCCACCGCGCUCCUGCUGCGGCCGGACAGAGCUGAAGGUGAGAAUCAAGAUGAAGAGGAUCCAGGGUCCCCGGCAGACCCCAGGCAAGGCGCCAUCGCAUCCCUGCUGGCCUGGCUCCUAGCUCGGCCUGCUGCACUAGCCGACCUCUGCCGCCUCCUGCCCCCCUCUCUCCUUGUUUCACUGGCUAGCCGUCACUCAGCGCUGGCAGAAGCCUGCCUGGGUGUGCUCAUGAAUUGGGGCAGCCGGCUGCAUUUCAACCCAGUGCGGGGUGCCUGGGUCGGGGCUGGCCUCGAGGGACUCCCCUGGGAGGAACUCCGGGACCGCUUUCGAUGCCUCUGCCAGGCCCCUGCCCCGCUAGGAGACCAGGCCCGAUCUUUGCUGGACACCUGCAAAGCCCGGGACGGAGGCUUCGAAGCCCCGGGGCUCAGCGUGUGGACUGACCUGUUGCAAGACAUUGAUGAGGGGGGUGAAACCCAGGAGGGGGGUGAGACCCAGGAGGGGAGUGAGACCCAAGAUGGGGGUGAGACCCGGGAGGGGAGUGAGGCCCAGCAGGGGAGUGAGGCCUCAGGGUCCACUCGUGGAGAUGCUCCAGACUCUGCACUUAGCAUCCAGCCCCAGAGUAGCCCUUGAACUCACCUGGGUGUGUUCUCUCUCCUUACAAUAACUGAAACUGAACAUUCAUCCUUAAAGUUCAGGUCCUUAAUAUACACAGAGUGCAAAAGUUAUUCCCAGUAUGCCCCAAAACAAAACUAGUUUUUCAUUCAUUCUUUACCAUCCCCUUAAUUAAUGUGUAAAUUAGGAAUGCUUUUGAUCACUACUAUAUAAUCUUUGUCUAAGAAUGGUCCUUUUGAAAUUACUUUCAAUGGGCCUUUCCUUUAAGUGUUUUAUAUAUAUAUAUGUAUAUGUAUAGUUUAGA